AUGGCGGUCCCGACGGCGGAGGAGAGCGCGCGGCGCUUCCGCAUGGUCUACGUGGGCGCGUCGCUGGUGGCCAUGCUCAUCUCGACCUACACGACGCUGUACGGGCCCAUGGACCUGUCGGCGCCGUCGCCGUCCGCUGCCUCAGGCCCGCUGGACGCCCGUGCGCUGGACCAAAUGACGCGGACCAAUUCGGCGGCGCGCUUCCGCUGGGGCACGUACCGGCCGGGACUUUAUUUGGGUCUGCGCUCUCGCACGGCGCCCGAGUUUGUGUCGGCCGGACUAUUGUGGGGAUCACAAUUGGAGGACGUGUCACAAAUCAGACACCAGUGCCGCCAAGAGGACCGACUUCAACGUUACGGCUGGCUCGAGCACGACGGGGCCAACUACGGGCUGCAGACCGUGGAGGACCAAUUCAACCGCCUGGAGCUCGCCACCAGCUACGCGCGACUGCAGGCCGACCAAGUGCAGGGCUGGGCCGCCCGAGUGCAGGCCGGGCCGCUGACGCCCAGGGACGAGCACCUCGCGCGCAAGCAGGUGCCGAGCAACAAGGUGUCGCUCUUCUUCUACGUGGACCUGGGCUGCGGGGACGAGAGUCUGGAGCUGGAGUGCCGCCACAAGCUGCAGAACCUCAUGGAGGUCACGGCCGAGCCCGCGCGCGUGCAGUGCGGCCAGCAGAAGGACGAGCAGUGUGUGCAGAUGGUGCUGGAGAGUGAAGGACCCGACGGGGAGCGCGCGCCGGAGGACGCUGCUGCGCCUCUGACCUUCCAGAUGCACGUGCAGCUGAAGACGGGCCCCAGUGUGCGAAGCGCGGAGCUCCACUACGCCGGCCUCAAGAACACCAACGUGAUCAAUGUGAAGGACAGGCUCGUGUCGCUGGCCCAACGGCCGGGCGGUGAGGUCAACAAAGACCUGAGGUCGGACAAGGAGAUCCAGCUGGAGAACUUCAUCGAGGAAGGCAGCACGCUCGUGGUGGUGCAGGCCAUCGUGGAUGUGGACGUUGCUACGUUCAAGGACGGCGACGUGGUGCUGGACGUGCUGUUCAACGAGGCCGCGACCUCAACUGCGGCUGAUGCUGUGAAGACGCCGAUCGACAGUCUCGUCACUGGAAAGCUGGCCGAGUACUCGCAGCAGUUCGACAAGAAAUUCGAGGAGGCUUUCCAUCUGUCCUCGAAGACGUGGCCGACGAACGAUGGAGAAGAGGCCCCGUUCAGCGACAGCCUUAUGGCCUUUGCCAAGGCGGCGUUCAGCAACUUGAUCGGAGGUACGGGCUACUUCUACGGCAGUUCGCUCGUGCAGCAUGACCCGGAGAACCCCGAGACUGUGGAGUCCCCUGAGAAGCCGCUGUUCACGGCUGUCCCAUCGCGGUCAUUCUUCCCGCGAGGUUUCGUGUGGGACGAAGGCUUCCACCAGUUUGGCGUGUCGGCGUUUGAUGACAACAUCACGCGUGACGUGAUCGCCCACUGGCUUGGGCUUAUGGAGGAGGACGGCUACAUCGCUCGCGAGCAGAUUUUGGGCCAAGCUGCGCGUCGUCGUGUACCUGCUGAGUUCUUGGUGCAGCAUGUGGAACACGCUAACCCUCCUACGCUUCUCAUUGCGUUGGAGAAGAUGAUGCAGUGGCACAAGGACGCUGACUCGGACAAGGACCUGCAGGAGUUCGUGCGCACGAUCUUCCCGUUCCUGAAGCGCUGGUACAGUUGGUUUUUGAAGACGCAGUAUGGCCCCAAGACGGCGAGCUUCCGCUGGCGCGGCCGCCACCCGAACGAUGGCAAGCUGAUUUCCAACACACUCUCGUCGGGCCUGGACGACUACCCGCGCGCGUCGGUGCCCAGCGAGAACGAGAUGCACGUGGACUUGCUGUCGUGGAUGAUCCGGUCGAGCGAUGUGAUGGCGAAGCUCGCAGCUUUUAUCGGUCGGGAAGCCGAUGUGGACCGCUUCGAGAAGAACAGCGCGCACUUCUUCACUGGACUGGACCAGCACCACUGGAACGAGGAAGCUCAGUCGUACUUCGACGUGGGUGACCACAGCGAGGACGGCGUCAUUCAGUACCAGGUUGCCAUUCGCUGUCGCAAUGGAGACGGCCAAGUGGUCGACGCUACGGCACCUAUCGCGCAGAUUGAGACCAGGAAUGUCAAGUGCCCGGAUACCCACCCAGAGUUUAUGUUCCCGCUAGGCGACGGUCGCGGUGGGCUGCAGAUGCUGCCUGUAUUCGUCCCCGGUACCACAGAGCUGCAGCACGUGAAGCACGUGGGCUACGUCAGCGUGUUUCCGCUGCUGUUGAAGGUGCUGCCGCCGGACUCUCCGAAGCUGCUUGCUCUCCUGAAGCAGAUCACCGACCCUGCGCAGCUGUGGUCGCCGUUCGGACUGCGCUCCUUGUCUACGCGGGACCAGUUCUACGAGCAAGAAAACGCGCCGGGAGACAACCCGUACUGGCGCGGAGCUAUCUGGAUGAACGCCAACUACCUGGCUCUGGAUGCGCUACACUACUACGCGCAGCCGAGCACGGGCAGUCCGUACCAGAAGGAGUUCGAGAAAGCGUACGCUGCGUUGCGGACGAACGUGAUCGCCAAUGUCUACCGCGAGUACGAGCGCACUGGGUACCUCUGGGAGCAGUACAACGGCGACAUCAGUGCCAAGCAGAACUACGGUCAGGGACAGCGGUGCCACCCGUUCUCGGGAUGGACGGCGCUUGUGGUGAACAUUAUGGCGGAGAUCUACUAG